CGCUUCGGGAAAAUAGUGGAAAGAAGAAAUCCAUCACACUUCAGGACGUCACUGCGGAGGAGUGUAGACAGCUGUCCAGUAUGCUGGACAGUGAGGUGUCCUCUCUGCUGUGUGUCCCUGUGGUCAGCAGAGCCACUGGCCAGGUGGUUGCACUAGCCUGCGCCUUCAACAAGCAGGGAGGACAAAGACACACGGAGGCGGAUGAACAUAAGAUCCAGCACUGCUUCUGUUACACCUCCACUGUCCUCACCUCCACACUGGCCUUCCAGAAAGAACAGAAACUCAAAGUGGAGUGUCAGGCGCUGUUACAGGUGGCCAAGAAUCUCUUCACACAUCUGGAUGAUGUGUCUGUGCUGUUGCAAGAGAUUAUAGUUGAGGCCAGGAACCUCAGUGAUGCAGAGAUUUGUUCUGUGUUCCUACUGGAUCAAGUCAGCCAUGAGCUGGUUGCCAAGGUGUUUGAUGGGGGUGUGGUCAGUGAUGAUGAGAAGGAGUUCCGUAUCCCUGCGGACCAGGGCAUAGCGGGUCACGUAGCUAUGACUGGGCAGAUCCUGAACAUUAAGGAUGCGUACUCCCACCCUCUGUUCUACCGAGGAGUGGACGACAGCACCGGUUUUAGAACACGCAACAUCCUCUGCUUCCCCAUCAAGGACGAGAACAACGAGGUGAUUGGGGUGGCUGAGUUGGUCAAUAAGACUAAUGGACCGUGGUUUAACCGAUUCGAUGAGGACCUGGCCAGCUUCUCCAUCUACUGUGGAAUCAGCAUCGCACACUCUCUUCUGUAUAAGAAGGUCCAUGAGGCUCAGUUCAGAUCCCUGGCCAACGAGAUGAUGAUGUACCACAUGAAGGUCAAACACUCACACUACCGCCCACUGUUGGAAACUGGGCUGGAGCCAGUGGAUGAGACAUCCUUAUUCGCUGAGUUCACCUACACACCCCGCUCACUACCUGACGACAACACACCCAUGGUAAUACAAGCAGACAGAGAGUGUGUAUGUACGUGGAGAAUGGCUUAUAAUAGUGUCUCGGUCUCUCACUUCUGUUAUCUCCUCUACAAGAACCUGGGCCUGGCCAACUACCUGGAGAAUAUAGAGAUCUUUGCUCUCUUUGUCUCCUGUAUGUGUCAUGACCUGGACCACCGUGGGACUAACAACUCCUUUCAAGUGGACUCCCAAUCUGUCCUGGCUGCCCUCUACAGCUCAGAGGGCUCUGUGAUGGAGCGACACCACUUUGCCCAAGCCAUAGCCAUUCUGAACACCCACGGCUGCAACAUCUUCGACAAGUUCUCCAGAAAGGACUACCAGAGGAUGUUGGACCUGAUGAGGGAUAUUAUCCUGGCCACUGACCUGGCUCACCACCUCCGCAUCUUCCCCGACCUGCAAAGGAUGGCUGACGGUAAGGCAGUGCUGCUGUCAGAGCUGUUACCAGGGGCAACGGAGCUGUAUGAUCGUGUAGCGACCAAUCGAGUGCAGUGGACAAAAGUCUCCCACAAGUUCACCGUCCGUGGGUUGCCUAGCAACAAUAGCCUCGACUUCCUGGAUGAAGAGUAUGAGCUGCUGCAAUCCCAGGGUGCGCUGGGGGAUGACAGCCACUGCGAUGACACCCACUGCCUCAACGGUUGCCUGGAUGAUGUGGUUGGGGGGAGGGGCCAGUGAACACACCAACCAAUGGGAGGGUAGGCAGUGGUAUCUCUUGGCCAAUAGAAACAUAAGGAAACAAUUCCCUUUUUAUGUCCUCAGGCGGAGAGGGCGAGACUCUGAGACAGUUUGACAUUUGAUUGACAGCUGUCAAUCUCUGAGGCUGAGCAAGACGGAGUGAACUCAGGUGGGACAAUUCAGAUGAAUCAUUUGACCGGAGUUGAUUCUGACUAGUCAAUUCAGACGAUUCCUGUAGAUGCUAAAUGUGACUGAACUCCUGUGAGGAAAGCAGAAAGUCGUGUUGACUCUGGAAAUGAUCAUUUUCAUAGCGAAGGUCUCCGUUCACAUUGUUCUGAGUUUCUGUUUUACACACAGGCUCCCAGACACCUAACAGGUCAAUACCCAUGUAAUAACACGUACCUUUCUUAGUUAACAGAAAGCUGUGUAGUACGAAGGACAGUUAAGGAAUCUGUUGGUUUAUGUUGUUUUAAGAUCAUCAGAAUCCUUCCCACCAGCCCACACACACCCUGAUCAGCUGCUAUGUCACUCAUACGACGGCUUAUGUAUGCUGUAUGUAGCCACCACAACGUGUGUUUUCCCUUUAUCUCAGCCAGUAUUGAAUUUAUUUUUCAUUAUAUAGGCAUCAUGUAAGUCUCUAGUUUGCCAAAUAUUGUAUUUGUUAGUAUAUUUGUUAGUAUAUUUGUUAGUAUAUAUGGAGCUCAUUCAUGGCCAUACGAUGCCUAGUGGUCAUUGAGGGAAACUGUAUCUGCAGUGUGUCAGGUAAUGAGAGUGUAAGAUGGGGGCAGUUUGACAGUCAAUGAUCACUGGUCAGUGCCAUCCUCAUUAGCUCAUUAGCUCCACAAGCCACCACCAACCCAACAC